AUGUCUUCGCACACUCAGGGCAGUCAUGAAGAAAUUCAUGCUGAUGGCCCUCAUGAUCACUAUGCUGCCGAGAACAAAGCAUUCUACGAUGUCGAGGAGGCCCGGAAGGUGGAUGCUCGUCGCGACACGCAGGAGCUCGCCCGCAGGGUGGCUGCCGCCAUGAGGAGAAGGUAUCCUGAUAUCUUCAAUGAAGAGACCACUACCUUAAUGGAUUAUGCUUGCGGCACCGGAUUGGUCUCCCGGGAGCUUUGCCCCUACGUCAAGUCGAUCGUCGGGGUAGACAUCAGUGACGGCAUGGUCGACCAGUUCAACCUUCGAGUGUCUCAGCAAGGGCUGACUCCGGAAGAGAUGAAGGCCGUUUGCGUUGAACUCAAGGGCGAAGAACACGAGCUGGACGGUCAGAAGUUCGACGUGAUUGUGUGUUCCAUGGCUUUUCACCACUUCUCGAGCUAUCGGGACGUUACGCGCAUGCUCGCCUUUUUCCUGAAGCCAGGAGGUUCGUUGUUGGUAGUGGAUAUCGUGAAGGGCACGCUCAAGGCCGAGAUCUCUGCUCAUCAUGAACGUAUUAUCGCGCAUCAGCACGGAUUCGAUACCAACGAUAUGCGUGAAGCCUUCGAAACAGCUGGCUUGAUUGCAUUUGACUAUAGCUUAGCCACAUCGGGCAAGAUGCAUGGUAACACUGUGGACUUCUUCCUGGCGCGAGGGAAGAAACCGGCACUUAGUCCAACAGAGUAG